UCUAUCCGUUCUUGUUCUCAUCGGACUCCCCAAACCGGUCUGGGUGGCCCUUGGGUUUCCCAGGCCUCUGGAGACCAAUAAGGGGAGCUGGGCUUGCUUCUGCCGGUUGCAGAUAUGAGAUUAGGGUUCUGAGUGCUGGGAACAUCCCAAAUUCAAGAUCUGUACCAGCUGCGGCUUCACAGAGAGGAUAUGGGGGUGGAGGGUUAUCAUGGACAUGUUUUCCUGUCACUAAGUAGCCACAGUAUCAUUUUAAUGAUCAUACGAUACUCCAUUGUAUGAAUUUAUCAUUAUUUAACCGGUUUCUUACUAAUGGAUUCCUGGAAAAUAAACUGUUCCAUGAAGUGACAGUAAGAGACAGGGUGGUAUGAGAGAUUUGGCUGUGCCCUGCACUGGAGAGCUUACUGGAAGAACAAUUAAUCCCUGAAGAGACUGAAGUGGGUUUCAGGAUGGCGAAAGAGGAGCCCCCAAGUAUCUCAAAGGACCUGCAGGAGCUACAGAGGAAGCUAUCUUUGCUGAUAGAAUCCAUCCAGAAUAACUCAGAGGUGGUAGCCCUUAUGAAGUCUCCAGUGGGUCAGUACCUGGACAGGCAUCCUUUUGUGGCUCUCACCUUGCUGGUGUUUGCUGCGAUGUCGGCCGUUCCUGUUGGGUUCUUCCUGCUCCUCGUGGUGCUUACCUUCCUGGUCGCUUUUGUGGGAGUCAUAUUACUGGAAGGACUGAUCAUCUCUGUGGGCGGACUCUCACUGCUUUGUGUCCUCUGUGGCUUGGGUUUCGUGUCACUCAUCAUAUCGGGGACAAUUAUAGUGUCCUACAUGGUGGUCUCCAGCCUCGUCAACUACUGGUUUUCUCCCAGAUCAUUCACACAACAAAACUCCAGUGGCGACUGUCAGCUGGCUAUGAAGUCCACAGACUUGGAGGGGCUUUACCAGGAAUGACCGGCUGAAUGGAACCAGAGCGUUCUUCCGUGCAGUUCUGGAAGGCUGUUGGAUCAUGCAUGCCCCUCAGGAUUAUGACUGAGAAGGGGGCCAGGUAGUCAAGCACUCCUUGGAGGUGGCCUCUAGCCUUCUCACUUAUUUGUAGGAUCCUACAGAGGCAAAUUGGAGAUUUUGUUGCUCUUGUGUCAAUUCUGUGGGCUCACCCACCCUCACCUGGAGAAUCAGCAGAGAACUGCAGUGGCUUAUCAGCUCCUCCUGCCUCUCACCCCCUGCUCCCCAGAUAUGCAGACUUGACCUUGGCAGGAUCCUGAGCCUCUAGAGCCAGGCAGCUUGACCCCAAAGGCUCAGAUCUUUGUCCAAAAGCCCAAUUUGGGGCAAAAAUGGAUUGUUUUUUCUUUUUCUUCUGUUUUAUUUUAUGAUGUUUUUGGAAAUGAGAGAAGCUGUUUAUUUCUUCACUUGAAACAAGAGGUAGGGGGAAAAAUUCCAAACAGAACCAUCUCUUCUGCCUUAUUAGCUUUUUGUCAGAAAGAAUAGCAACAGUUGGUGAUAAUGGCCCCUCAGACAAAGUUGGAAAAUAGAGUCCAAACUUUAUGGCCAAGACCAUUUUUUAAAAGUCUAAACCUAUAGUUUCCACUGUUGAGUACUGUUACGUGCUGUUACUCUUUUAAAUGUUUGCACUUGAUACUUUUGUAUUGUUUUAAAGAACUUGCCGUUAAGCCAUUUCUUUAAAAAGUCCUAUGUAAUACUAAAGGACUACAACAAUUUUAAAAACUCUAUGGGAUUUCUUCUUCAGUGGUUGGUUUGCUGUGGCUUUUCAUUCAAUAAAUAUUUAUUUAGACUAG